GGAGGCCCCUGACCUUCCCGCAGCCGGUUAGCGGGCCGUGGGGAGGACGGAACCUUUCUCUCGCUUCCAGUGUCCGCAACGGAGGGCGGGGCCUUUUCACUGAAGUGCAGCGUGGGUUCCACGUGAGGGCGCCUAGUCCCGGCGAUUGCCGUAGCAGCGCGGGUCCGCCUAGGUCUCGGUUCCGCCAUGUGCAGCUGGUUGGCGGCGGCGGCGGCGGGAUGGCGACGGGCUAGCUGCGUCGCGGGGCCCGGCGGGGGGGGGCCGCCGCCGGGCAGCCUGAGCGACUUGCUGCAGAACUCGGUGACGGGCGAGGACACGGGCACGGAGGCGGCGGCGCGGCGGGGGCGGCGCCCGGACGCUUCCUCGGUGCUGCUGUUCCCGGGCCAGGGCAGCCAGUGGGCGGGGAUGGGCCGGGGCCUGCUGCACUCCCCUGGUGCGAGGGACCUGUUCGUCGCGGCCCGCGAGGUGCUAGGCUACGACCUGCUAUCGCUCUGCCUGCACGGGCCGCAGGCAGAGCUGGAUCGCACAGUGCACUGCCAGCCCGCUGUCUUCGUGUCCUCCCUGGCCGCCGUGGAGAAGCUCAGCCACCAGCGGCCUGAUGUGAUAGAGAACUGUGUUGCAGCCGCCGGGUUCAGCGUGGGCGAGUUUGCUGCCCUGGUGUUUGCUGGAGCCUUAGACUUUGAAGCAGCCUUGUAUGCAGUGAAAGUGCGUGCUGAAGCAAUGCAACAGGCAUCGGAAGCAGUCCCAAGUGGGAUGUUAUCAAUUAUUGGGCAACCCAAGUCGGAUUUCAAGGUUGCCUGCAUAGAAGCUCGUGAACACUGUAGAUCAUUGGGUGUAGAAGAUCCUGUUUGUGAAGUUGCAAAUUACCUGUUUCCAGAUAGCAGAGUUGUUGCAGGUCAUUUACAGGCCUUGAAGUUUUUAGAGGAGAACUCCCGAAAAUAUUAUUUUGCACGUACAAAAAUGCUGCCAGUCAGUGGAGCUUUUCACACAAGACUUAUGGAAUCGGCCAUAGAGCCCAUGGCAAAAGUACUCAAAUCAGUUGAGAUUCGGAAACCACUCAUAAAUGUCUAUUCAAACGUUGAUGGCAAAAAAUACAUGCAUUCAAAACACAUUCAACAUUUGUUAGUAAAGCAGCUUGUUUCACCUGUGAAAUGGGAACAGACUAUGCAUGAAGUAUAUGAAAGAACAAAGAGAACAAAGUUUCCUUGUACAUAUGAAGUGGGACCUGGGAAACAACUAGGAGCAAUGCUCAGAAACUGCAAUUUAAAGGCUUGGAGAGUCUAUAAACACAUUGAAGUAUCAGAAGAUGAGGAAGUAGAGGAGGCAUGACAAUAUUUUGAAAAAUCCAUAUAAUUGUUGCUUUUUCAGCUUAAUUUUAAAUGAUUUGGUUGCCCCUGAAAGAGAGCUCCUGGAGAUUAGAGGCAUCUCUGUUUUAUCCCCAGAAGCAUACAGCUCUGAGUUUAAUACAAAAUUAUUUUCCCUGAUAUUGCUUCUUUAAUACACCUCACACUUUACAGAGAAGAACUGCUGCAAAGGUGCAGCUGUUCAGCCUGUUGUCAGUGUGAAGAUGCUGUUUGCUCUUAGAUUUUUGUCCACUCCUGCUAGCAGCCCCUUUUGCCCAUGUGGAGUUGUUAAAGUCUGUUCCCUUCUGUGUAUGCACAAAGGUCUUUUUACAUGGAAGACCUUGCAGGAUGAAAGCCUUUGACUGUUUCUUUCAUGUGGACCUCUGUUUACCAUGAUCAGGAAUUCUUUUAGAUAAGCCACUCAAUUGUAAUGACUUUUAGUCACUACUCUCUCCUGUCUUAAAAAGAUGACUAAUCAGUGGAAUAGGUAUCUGCAGACGUUUUCUUAAUGUUGCUUUUGUACUCAAAACUUACUACUGGGGUUGCAUAAAGUAGAAAAUAUUACAAAUACACUUUUAAGGUUGCAUUAUAAAUAUAAAUAAAUUAUUUAUAAAGCUCUAUUCCUGAAUAAUUUUAAUGCUACAGGGACAGUAAUUUGUCUGGGACGGGGGGUGGGGGGUGGGGUGCUAAAAACAGCCCUUGGCCCCUGGGGAUGGAGAGAACCCCUUUUCAUUCCCCCAAGCCCUCCUAUGGACCCCAUGAGCCUCUCCUGAUCCUGCCAAACCCUCAUUUGGUCAUUUUUAACUCAAUCUAAGCCCCCCACCAACCUCCCUGAAUAUCUGUACUUACCCCUAAAUUAUUCUGUGUAUUUUAAUGGAAGUGUUACCAGCUUGCUUUAUGUUGGUUAGUCUAUAAGGUGCAAAUCUACCCUGCCUUCAGUUAGACUCUGAAAGCCAUAUACAAAAUGUACAGAGAAUGAAUUCUUGACUUAUUUAUGCAACAGGUACAAGAUGAACGUUAAAGUUGUAGGAAAUUGUAUAAGGCAUUUUAUUUAUUGGGGAAGUAGCAUAAUAUGAAUAAGAGGUGGUUGACCCACAGUGAUUAAUUAUUGGAAUAAAUUGCUAUUAACAGUUUUUUAUAUUGCUUGAAACUGCUGAAUCUGCCAGAACCUCUCAGUUCAAAUUCCACUUUUGGCAUAUGUAAACAUUCACUAUAAUAAAGCACAAAGCAAGGC